AUGGGUGCAAUUCGUUCAUCACAAUUAUUACGUCUGUCUGGUGUCGGUAAUCAAUCAGAAGUUAAAAGUUUAAGCAUACCUCUUGUUCAUCAUCUUCCUGGUGUAGGCGAAAAUCUUCAAGAUCAUCCACUCACAGCAUUUACUUUUGGUUCAGUAAUUGCUCAAGCUCCAGGAUCUAUUAUUGAUCAAGCCGCUUAUGACCUUUACAGAGCAAAUAAAACUGGUAUUCUUGCAUCUAUUAUAGCUCGAACAAAUUUUUUCAUGCGCACAAAAUAUCAGCCUAUAAAUGAUACUCGACCUGACGUUCAAGUUAUCGUCACUACACCUGGUCCUAGUCUAUUUGGGCUUGUAUAA